GUCCGUCUCCGCGGUCGUGGUGACCGAGGGCUCGCCGGGAACUAGAGUCUCCUCUCCGCAUCUCCCAUUUUCCACAGGUUUCGCGAGAUUUACACAGGCGGGUUUGGUGUGUGUGUGUGUGUGGCAGCAUUUCUCUGCCAGACGAGCCGAACAAUACUGACAUGAAAUCUGCGUAAAGUGACCUUUGACUUUCUGGAGGCAUGUCCAAGAAAAGGGGCAGAAAGCGGAGUAGCGGGGAGCUGAGCGACACGUUGACCCCGGAUCCCAACAGCAUUCUGGGAGUCCGCAUUCAGCACAACUGGCGCGAGAAGGGGAACCAGAGCAAAUGGAAGGGAACGGUGCUGGACAGGCUCAGCGUGAACCCGUCUCUCUUCAUGGUGAAGUAUGACGGCUUCGACUGCGUCUACGGCAUCGAGCUGUUCAAGGAUGAGAGAGUGUCCAGCCUGCAGAUCCUGUCGGAGAAAGUUGUAAACAACAAGAUUAAGAUACCUCCAGGGGCGGAGGAGCUGGUGGGCAAAGCUGUGGAGCAUCUGUUUGAAAAGGAGGAUGGAGAGAAGAACGAGUGGCGAGGCAUGGUCCUCUCCAGAGCUCCCAUCAUGACCAACUGGUAUUAUAUCACUUAUGAAAAGGACCCCGUACUUUAUAUGUACCAGCUGUGGGACGACUACGCUGACGGAGACCUCAGGAUUCUGCCUGAAGCAGAAAACAAACACCUGUUGCCCGCAGACAGGAAGCCAGGAGAAGAGACGGAGAGUCUGGUGGGGAAACAGGUGGAGUAUGUUACUGACAAGGGCGUGAAGAGAACAGGCCUGGUCAUCUACCAGGUCCCGGCCAAGCCCUCCGUCUACUACAUCAAAUAUGAUGAUGACUUUCAUAUCCAUGUCUAUGACCUGGUGAAAACCACCUAGAGAUGGUGGACACUCUCCAGCCUCCCUCCAUCUGCUUCUGUUCCACCCCCCCCCGUUCCGAUCAGAUUUUCCCAAAACCAUGUCAGGGUUGAAUAGUUAUUAUGCUUUAUUGUUCAGAAGAGAAAAAAAUUAAAAAGUGCACUCUGUUUUUUCAUAUGCACAGCAGAACUGUAGCACCGCUAUGCUUGGCUAUAUUUCGAGGAGAUUGGAUUCUUUUAUUGUUGCUGUUCUACUUUAUACUGUUAUGUUUUGGACAGUCCAAGAUUGCACUGCCCAACAGCUGCAAAGUGCAGUUGUUACUGCAUUUGUAUUGCUGUCAUUGAGAUACUCUGAUUUGUCCUUUUAAAGUAUUAUCUUAAUUAAAGUAUGAUUCAAAAAGCUGCUCAAAAUACUCUUUUGAGACUUUUCUUUGGAUCGUCUAACUAGCCAGUAAGCAUGAUAUACACAUUAUAUCUAGACUGCUAACACUGAGGUGUCUAUUGAAUUAAAUGGGCCGAUACAUUUUUUUGUAUUGUAUUUAUGUAACCAUAUUAUCACAUUUAGUGUUAGUACUGGAAGGAAGGAAUGAAAGGAUUGCAAAAAUCACUAUAGUGGGGCCCUUAUAUUUACAAAAGCCUUUUAGAUGAAUUACACUCAUGUGGAAAUAUACUCCUGCACCGUUGCACCAUAUUCAGCAUCGUAUCGGAUAUUUUGCACUGGUGAUGAAGACGCAGUUUGCUAAAUUCUCAUUUAAAUUUGAUCCCACACAAAUCAUAAAAGUGCCUUCCGGCUUGUCAUCUUUGCAAUAUUGUACAUACCGCAUCUCUACCUGCGCUCUUACUGAGUCAUUGCUCUUAUGGAGUCACUGCUCUUACUGAGUCAUUGCGUAUGAAGGCUGCUAUUCGGUUUUCAUUCACUGACAGCUUGAGGAAAGUUUUGCGACCAUCUAGUUUAUAUCAGUGCUGUGUUUUGCUCUUAAUGCCGUAUGAAAAUGUACUUUAAAUAUUACACACAUCUUCAUUGGUUGUAUAAGCUCACUGUUGAUCUUGUGGGGAGCACUUUAUUGUAUAAAGUUUACAUGUUUAGGUUAUGGUACGCUAUAUAGUUUCCCCCCAAAAUGCUUUUUUCCUUAAGAGCAAAUGUGGCAGAAUAAAUGCUUUCACGCAUGAAGAAAAAAAAGUGUUGCAAUACAUUUAGAUGACAGUAUUUAAUAUGUGCAACUUGUGUAAAAUGCCUUGUAAUGUUGCCUGUUGUGAUUACUCUCAUUUAUAUGAAUAUGUCAUCAAAACCACCAGCUUUUAGUGAAAGGGUCGUUUAUUUACAUAAGAUAUAAACUGAAUAUUUAACCGGUAUACUCAACGGACAAACCAGUUUGUUGACAGCAACUAACUAGCUCUGGUUCUAGUCUUUAGAACUGUCUUUGUCUUGCAAACAUGACAUGUACGAUUGCCAUAUUGGUUUCCUCCCAACUUUGUCACUAGCGGCUGAAUUGGUUUUUGCCCUCUCGGUCUUCUCCAAGUCGCUCAGUGUAUUCCUCGGUGAGCCAGUCGGUCAGUAGGUAUGCUCUUACUGUAUAAUCUCAACAGUGAACACUUUAUUUUGACAGUGGAGAAGUGACAAUGUGUGACAGAAGCGGUACGGUUUGUUAAACCCACAUAAAAAUGGAAAAAAAAAUAAGAGGUUUACACUGUACAUCACCGCUGGUGGUGCUGUGUGGUGUUUGUGUCGUUACAAAUGACUGUGCACAGUCUUCUUCAUGCAUUAGAUCACUUCCUGCUCUGAAGUUGUAGCAGCAUCGACAGGCAAUUUGUGUCAUUGUUAAUCUGCCAUGAGUAAUAAAGAGUUUUGCACAUUU